AUGCCGGAGAACAAGGCGACAGUGUGCAGAACCAGCAGCUACCUGUCCCACUCUGCCUACAGGAAGAUCAAGCGGGUUCUGAGCUUCAGGAGGCGUGAGUAUCUCAGACCCACAAAGAGACACACACAGAGCUGCAGUGUGAGGCAGGCUGCGUAGAUAGGGGGUUUGGGGGUAUGGAGGGUCUGAGGAAAGGAAAGAAAAGCCCUGAACCAUCAAACUCACACUCUAUAAUCAUCUGUUUAUUAAUUUAGCCUGGGUGACCUUAAAUCUACUCUCUCAUCGUCUCUCGUGCAUCGCUCUAGGGCUCUCUCGUCUAUCUCUCUCUGCUAUCUCAUCUGUCUCCUCUCUCUCUCUCUCUCUCUCUCCUCUCUCUCUCUCUCUCUCUCUCUCUCUCUCUCUCUCUCUCUCUCUCUCUCUCUCUCUCUCUCUCUCUCUGUCCUCUCUCUCAUCUCUCUCUCUCUGUCCUCUCUCUCUCUCCUCAAUUUCUCUCUCAGGCGUGUUUGGCCAGCGGCUGGAGGAGACGGUUCUGUAUGAGCGGCGUUACGGGGUCCACAUGGCACCCCUGGUGGUGGAGCAGUGUGUGGACUUCAUCCGGGAGCGGGGUCUUCUGGAGGUGGGGCUGUUCCGCCAGCCCGGCCAGGCCACGCUGGUUAAAGAGUUGCAGGACGCCUUUGAUGCUGGGGAGAAGCCCUCCUUUGACAGGUAAGAGCUCUCCAGUCAACACAAACAGAUUCUGCUUGAUGGCAAACACUGCAGUUCCCAAACAAACAGAUCAAGUUCAUGAAGUUAGACCUAUGCUCCAGCUAUAUCUGUAUGUACCAUUAUAUGUAGUUGCGCACCCACAUACACUGGUUGUGCUGUAUUUUAAGUGUAUGUGUGUGUGUUUGUCAUCCUAGCAGUACAGACGUGCACACCGUGGCGUCUCUCCUGAAGCUGUAUCUGCGGGAGCUUCCAGAGCCACUGGUGCCCUUCUCCAGAUACCAGGACUUCCUGAUGUGUGGCAAGAAGAUCUCCUCGGAGAGGAAGCAGGUAAGUCUCCAUCCAGUUGCAUCACGCAGGCCAUGCUGAGAUGCAUCUGAUAAACAGAUGAAGACAGAACACAACCGCCAACCGCUGAUCUAAAAGUCCUAGGGAGAAAUCGAAUUGAUAAGCUCCACCGCUGGUUUAUAUUGUGAUAGGAGCAGCGUGACUUACAACAAUAUGUUCGCCUGUAUCCCCAAGAGUUUGAUAGAACUACGGCAUCUUCUUCAUCAACUUCCAGUGGCUAACUUCAACCUGCUCAACUACAUCUGCCAGUAAGUCUACCAUUUACCUGUAAUUAAUGAGCAAUUAUCACAAAUCAAGAUAACGUCAAAUCUGCAUACAACAUGCCUCACUAUUAAUGCAUUUCCAAAGCAAUUAAUGGAAAUUGAUUGAAUCACUAUAGCAGGGUUCCCCAACUGGCUGCCCACGGGUGAUUUUAUUUGGCCCCUCAAGUUUUCUGAGCAAAUAUAACAUUUUUAUUUUAUUUUGGAAAUCUGUUCCAAAGCAUUCCCAAGCAUAAUAGAGAGAUAUAUGUGAUCACAUACAAAUGUCAGCAAGGUUUGAAAUGAUUAUAUUUUAGUCAAAUAUUAUAUCUGUUUGGGUUUCUUGCGGUCAAUUUGCAGUCUACAAAUUAUUUGUAAUUAUGUUCCGGCCCCCUGACCAUCUAGCUCGAGAAGAAUCGGCCCGCAGUUGGAUCUAGUUGAUGAUUCGUGCACUAUAGAGUCGUUCUAUGUCAUUUCAGCAAGCCAUGACACCCACCAUCUCAGAUUGUUCUGAAAUCAUUUCUGUAGUUAGAAACAGAUAAGAUUUGCAUUCCUGCAACAUUAUUUUGUUGAAAUAUAAUUCUCUGAGAAAUAAAAGCUAAUUGAUUGCACCCAAAUUGGCCAUUUUAAGUUAUAGGACUAAUAUAAUAUUCAAUAUAGUACCCAACAUCUGAUUUGGACCAAACAUGAAGGAAUCCAAAGAAAUGGUCAAAAGCCACCCACGGACCCCCUAAACCCCAUGCCAAUCCUAUCCUUACAUCAAGUAUACAGUAUCAGUUCUCUACGUCUGACAAGUAGUAUUGUUUCUUCAUCCUAUGUAAUAUAUUCUCAGUGAAUUUGGUGAUGUUUUUUUCCCCCAUGUUCAGAGUCAUUGAAGUUGUCAGGUUUAUGUCCCAUCCUACAUCCUGAUAUUACCUGGUUAUGUCCACUAGAUGGUGCUGUUCCUACUAUUACUUUUUAUGUAUUUUUAAGAAUCUCCCCCUCAAUGUUAAAGGGAUAGUUCACCCAAAUUACCAAAUUACAUUUGGGUUUCCUUACCCUGUAAGCAGUCUAUGGUAUGACAGCAACCCAUGCUUUGGUUUUGUUUACCUGGCCACUGUUUCAAAUGCUAACUUUUUUUUGCAUUUGUGGCAGAAAUCCAAUGCAAAUCAAUGGUACCUAUAUUAGCAUUUUCACGCUUCAUAUCCAUAUAAUCUAUAAGUAAUAUCAUUGAGUUACACAUGAAGCGUGGCUUUUGACCAUUUAUUUGGAUUCCUCAUUUCUAACUCAUUGUUUACAAAAAGUUGGUCCAAAUCAGAUGUUAGGUACUAUAUUUAUUGAAUAUUAUAUGAAUCCUAUUAAUUAAAAUGACCAAUUAAAAUGACCAAUUUGGGUGAAAUCAAUUAGCUUAAUUUCUCAGAGAUCAAAUAAUAUAUUUUUUAAAUCAUGUUGCAAAAAUGCUAAUGUUAUCUGUUUCUAACAACAGAAACAAUUUCAGAACAAUCUGAGAUGGUGGGUGUCGAAAUCCCCGUUCUUGGGAUUUCUGAGGUGGAAUGACCCUAUAGACUUGGCCUGUGGUCCAGUCACAGUAGCCUACAACAUAUGCCAUACAGCAAUAUCUGUUCAACCAUGACACAUUUCUGUAUGCUAUGUAGCAGAUGUGACAAAAUCGACCCUGCCCAAGUCUCACACAGAUAAAUCACUGCCAAUGCAGGUUUUUGAACGAAGUCCAGUCCUAUUCCAGCAGCAACAAGAUGAGCAUCCAGAACCUGGCGACUGUUUUCGGGCCAAACAUCCUACGACCCAAAGCUGAAGAUCCAGAGAGUAUCAUUGGAGGUGUGUGAGAGUCAGAGGAGGCUGGUGGGAGGAGCUACAGGAGGACAGGCUCAUUGUAAUGGCUGGAAUGGAAGUAAAGGAACAGAGUCAAACGUAGUUUCCAUUUAUUUGAUACCGUUCCAUUUAUUCCAUUCCAGCCAUUACAAUGAGCCUGUCCUCCUAUAGCUCCUCCCACCAGCCUCCACUGGUGAGAGUGUUAUUCAGAGAAAGAGACAUGGAUCAGAGCUAGACAGAACUAGCCUACAGAUACAGAGCCAGUGAAGACAGACAGAGACAGAUAUAGGCAGAUAAAGAUAGUGUCUGUCUGCCCGUGUGUCCUUGAGACAGUGUUUAUAUCAACAUAUUGUUGUGUAUGUAACACGCUACGUGUCAUGUGAUGCUGUCUGUACUGUAUGUGUCCAGCUGUGACUCAGUGUGUGUCUGUCUGUCUGUCCCCCAGGGGCAGCCAUGGUGCAGCAGCUUAUGUCUGAGCUGAUCAGGGAGAACCAGUGCCUUUUCUCCAGGGAGGGGGGAGACAUAGAGGCCCCUGGCUCCUCACGUCCUGACUCUUACCCAUGUCAGAGAUGGAAAGGAGACCCAUUCGAGGGGCCGCACACCCAGCCCACUGCCCAGGCCCAGUGGCAUGACUCCAGCCUGGGCAUAACAGCCGAGCACCUCCCCCAACAACAGCAAGCUCACCAUCCUUCCCCUUGCUCCCGCCAGGUCUCCCUGCCUCUGAUCGCUGAGAGGAGAGGGUCGGCCCAAAACCCGCAUGAAACCAGCUUAGCCGCACGGCUGUCCAACACAGACCACCAGCGGCAACCAGCUGAGGUGUUCUCUCCAGUGAGUCCUGUUUCAGGGCCUCUGUACCACAGAUACACACCGUCCCAGCUAGAGUCCCAGCCCCCUGAGACAGCAGACAGCCCCCACCCUGCCUCCCAACUCACAGCCUCUGCCUCCACAGUGACACUACAUGCUGCCCCAGAACCCAGCAGCAUGCUGCACAGUGGCUGGAUGGGCCCAGAGGAUCCUAGCUGGGCUGCAGAGCAGGGGACCACUGGCACCAGUGGUAGCAGUGAGGCUCAGGACAGUACUCUUUCUGUCUAUGACAACCUGGACACACUCCAACGCAUGGAGGAGAUGGCUGCGGAUGGUGGUGGGGGCAGCCCUGCUGGCCCAGUGGAGGUGGAGGUGGGCAUGGCCAGCGUGGUAGACACCAGAAGCUCGUGGUCUUCCUGUGAGAUUCUGCCCCUGGAUGACAGUGGGAGUGGUGUGGUCAGAGCCAGCCCAGGACGGGGGUCCACCAGGUUCCCCUCCUUCAGGACCGACCCAGGAGACGAGGACCUCCAUCCUAACUCCCCAGCCUCCUCCUCUGCCCCCACCGAUGCCCCCCUGAGCACGGGCAGCUCGGAGGUCUUCCUGCCCUCUGCUCCCCCGGACCUCCACGCACCCCCAGCCUCCCAGGCCAUGCACUGGCUCCUGGCUGGCCUCAAACAGAUGGCCAGGCAGAGGGCUGAAUUUGAGGCCAAGAUCCAGAGGUAA